UUGUGUUCCUUGUAGAUUGAGGAUCCCUGAAGGAUCCUUGGCUUAUGCAUAGUCGGGGUCACUGCGAGCCAUGGCUUGCCAAGCGUCUGGUGAUUUCGGCCGUCGCAGUGGCGAUACCGGGCCUUUUCCUGUUGUCUGCUGCUCUGGUGGUGCGGCAGACCGAAGUACGGAGAAUACCCACUGCCUUGCAAGAGCCUCCAAGAAAGUUGGGUUUGCCUUGGAAUCCUCCACUGUUGGAUGCCAAAGGUAUCGCGCAAGUGGAAUCUGGCAUCAAUUUUUCCAUGGAUUGCAACGCGAGCUGUCGAGAGAAGACGUUUCAGUGUAGGGAACUUGAGGUGCCCAGGUGUGCAGGCAUGGACUGCAACUGCUCCAAGGACUUCCUGCUUCCUGGCGAAUCAGCAGCUUUGCCAGCUUUGCCUCGUCAUCGCCAUGGUCGUUUUGCAAUUAUUCUUGCAGGCAUGACUAGGUCCUUUGUUAGCAAACUCAUGAACGAGUACUGGCGACUCUUUUUGGCUCGCUUCAACAGAGAUUUGGUCCUCUUUGCCGUUUUGACCACCAUUUCGAAGCAAAAAGUCUCUCUGACGGGCUUGCCACAGAGGAAAGACCAGGUCUGGUCCCAAUUCACGAUCGACGAGCUGCGAGAAUGUUUGGAGAAUCUCAAUGUGACAUGGGAUGCAGUUUUUGUGGAAGGUUCUUGCACUUGGCAGGUGGCGCGUGGGCAUAUUCAAAACCCAACACUCCGAGAAAUGCUGGCAGUAGAAGCAAAAUUGCCAGGAGAAGGUGGACAGAACAACCAGUUUCGUGCUCAGGUCAUAGCUUUUGAUCGUUUGUUGCGUUAUGAAUGGCUGACAGGACACCGGUUUCAACACAUACUCGUGCUGCGGCCAGACUUUGCACCUUAUUUGGGGCACGAGGACCCUGCUGUGGUAGUCACAUCGGUGAACAACAGUGUGUUCUUCUACAACGAUUUGAUCACAAUAUGUGCGAGGAAAUUUGCCACGUCUGUCUUCACCUUGCCUGCAACAAUACGUUCAUUCCAUACAGCACGGGAUAAGGAUGCCUGGCAGUCUUUGACUUGGAAACUUCGGAAUCGCUCCAAGACUCACUUUGCCUUGAUGGUACCUCAUGCUCAUCUUGCUUUUCAUGGAGUUCCCAUUUGUGGUGGAUUUCUGCAAGCAAUUCCUGAUAUCCCUUGCACCCAAAGCAACUUCGAGGUCCACACGACCUUGGGUUUUGUCCGGGAUCUUUGGAGAGUCCAGGGGCCGCAACGCGUGUGCGUGGAUCGCUUCAGAGGGGCACCUUUGAACUUCAUCAAGGACUAUUUUCGACGGCUUGGGAUGAAUGAAAGUCUCUUUCAAAACCUCAGUCUGUGCCAUGAAGACAUGUAAAUAGUUGAAGCCGUGAAAGCACAUCUAGGACAAUUAGUAGUUGCUUUAUCAAGAUUGCCUGGCAUAUAAUGCCAAG